AUGACUUGUGAAGGAAACGUCGUUGUAAAUAUCGAAAACUGUUCUUGUUUAUGCGGCCGGUGGCAGGUUUAUGGUUUGCCCUGUAGCCACGCCGUUGGAGCUCUCUUGUCUUGCGAAGAGGACGUUUAUAGAUACACAGAGAGUUGUUUCACAGUGGAGAAUUACAGAAGAGCUUAUGCAGAAACUCUAGAGCCAAUAUCAGACAAAGUUCAGUGGAAAGAAAAUGAUUCAGAGAGAGACAGUGAAAAUGUAAUAAAAACACCAAAGGCUAUGAAAGGUGCUCCGAGGAAGAGGAGAGUAAGGGCAGAGGAUCGUGACCGUGUGAGGCGUGUGGUUCAUUGUGGUCGGUGUAAUCAGACAGGCCAUUUCAGAACAACUUGCACUGCUCCUAUAUUACGGAAAAUGAAAACACAAUGAAGACUCAAGAAACAACAACAAUGGCGACGAAGAACAAUCUGAGUUUCAACAAAACACACACCAUUCACUAAUCAAUCCAUCGUCAUGCAGAGAGAAUAUUCAGGCAACAGAACUUCGACAUACUCUCAGAUAUUGGUGGUGUCAUCGAUAGGUUUAAUGAUAGCAGCCGCAGUGCAUUACCGUCUGCGGAGGCUACGUGACACCAAAAUCAUCCCUCGUCUCAAAUCAUCUCACAAACACAAAGGCCAUGAGAAACUCGAGAGAUUCUCUCAUUACGUCGCAAGGCAAAUGGGAUUCAAGGACAGAAGAGAGUGUCCAAAUCUCUGCAAGUUAGCAGCAGAAUACAUAAGUAAAUCUGAAUGUUGUGAAGAAGACAUUUACAGCUUUUUCUCUGAAGAACCUGAUGCUGAUACCCUCUUCAUUAAGCUUGUUGAGGAGUUUGAAAGAUGCAUUCUCAGCUACUUUGCGUUUCACUGGAGCCACGCCGAUCUCAUGAUUACUCAGGUACUGAGCGCUGAUGCUGAGCCAAAGAGGAAGCUGAAACAAAUUGUGAUGGCAGCUACAAGGGAGCUGAGGAUUAAGAGGGUGACUAAGAACUUAAAAGUGGCAAGAGUGUUCAACACUUUGGUAGAGGAAAUGAGAGCAAUGGGGCUCGCGUCUGUGGAUGACUCGCAGUGCACAGAAGUUAUGGCACCAGUGGCUCACAAAGACAGAAGUCCAGUGCUACUCCUUAUGGGUGGUGGGAUGGGUGCAGGGAAAAGCACUGUGCUUAAGGACAUACUCAAAGAAGCAUUCUGGGCAGGAGCAGACUCUGUGGUGAUUGAAGCUGAUGCUUUCAAAGAGUCUGAUGUCAUUUACAGAGCCUUAAGCUCUCGUGGCCAUGUCGAUAUGAUCCAGACAGCUGAAUUGGUUCAUCAGUCAUCAACAGAUGCAGCUUCAUCCCUGCUAGUGACGGCUCUGAACGAAGGAAGGGAUGUGAUAAUGGAUGGGACACUCUCUUGGGUACCUUUUGUGGUGCAGACAAUAACAAUGGCGAGGAACGUACACCGACACCAUUACAGAAUGGGAGCUGGAUACAAGGUUGGUGAUGAUGGAGUUAUAACAGAGAACUAUUGGGAACGAAUUGGUGAAAGGCAACAGAUUCAAGAGGAUGGUCGUAGGAGAAAACCGUAUAGAAUAGAACUAGUUGGAGUUGUGUGCGAUGCGUAUUUAGCAGUUAUAAGAGGCAUUAGGAGAGCUAUCAUGUGCAGAAGAGCAGUUAGGGUGAGAUCACAGCUGAGAUCUCACAAACGGUUUGCGGAAGCAUUUCCUACAUAUUGCAGCCUUGUCGACAAUGCUAGGCUCUACUGCACUAACGCGCUGGAAGGCUCUCCAAAGCUGAUAGGUUGGAAAGAAAAGGAAAAGACAUUGCUAGUAGAUACAGAAGAGAUAGAUUGUUUGAAGCGAGUAGGAGGGUUAAACGAGAACGCAGGCUCCAUUUACGAGCUCUAUAGACAACCCAACCCUGCUUGUGAAGCAGGUUCAAUCUGGAAAGACAUUGUUCUUUCACCUUCAAGGUUUAGCAUUCAACAGGAACUCAAAUAUUCCAUUCAGAAAGUUGAAAAAAGAUCUAAACAACAUCUCAUCAACAACACCAAAAGCUGAAAAUGGUAAACAUAGAAAACAAGGGCAGAGUUGACAAGGAAGAACAGAAACUUGUUCAUUGUAUAACUUCAAUGUUGUAAAAGUUUGUUGAUUGUAUAAUAACAUCCAUGUUUACUAU